AUGGGUCUUGCCAAGGAUGGCCAGUCAUUAAAUUCGACGGAUAAUACUUUUGUUGCAGUGGAGUUUGACAUUUAUUCCAAUGGAUAUGAUCCACGUGGCGAACAUGUAGCCGCAACAGGAAAUGCUUCUGCAAUGCAUACAAUUCACACAUGGGAUUUUAGGUCAAGUUUGGAAGAUACGACAAUGGCAGGUAGUCCAAGCCCGAAUUCGGCCCCUAACCAAAGGAAAAACAAGAGGUUAGGAUUAGUCGUGGGGUUGGGUGUUGGUGGAUCUAUUUUGCUUGGUGUGUUUGCUUUAAUUCUAUUUGGCUUUUGGAAGAGGAAUAGGAGGGACGCAGAAGCAGAAGAGGAUCUUGCCUUGGAUAGGUACAUGGAUGACGAAUUUCAAAGGGAAACAUGGCCGAAGAGGUUUUCAUUUAAUGAAUUGGCUUACGCCACGAAGAAUUUUAAUGAUGAAGAAAAGUUAGGCCAAGGAGGAUUUGGUGGGGUUUACAGAGGACUUUUAAGGGGCUCAAAUUCCUUCAUUGCUGUUAAGAGGGUAUCUAAAGGGUCUAAACAGGGGAUAAAGGAGUAUGCAUCUGAAGUAAAAAUUAUUAGUCAAUUGAGACAUAGGAAUUUGGUGCAACUCAUUGGAUGGUGUCAUGAAAGAAGAGAACUCUUACUUGUCUAUGAGUUGAUGCCCAAUGGAAGCUUAGAUUCACAUCUUUUUACUGAAGAAAGCUUAUUGACAUGGGCAAUGAGGUACAAAGUUGCUCAAGGAUUGGGAUCGGCCUUGCUUUACUUGCAUGAGGAAUGGGAACAAUGCGUGGUUCAUCGGGAUAUAAAAUCAAGUAAUAUUAUGCUUGAUUCAAACUUUAAUGCUAAACUUGGGGAUUUUGGGCUAGCUAUGCUUGUGGACCAUGUUAAAGGGUCACAAACCACUAUAUUGGCAGGAACUAGGGGUUACAUGGCUCCUGAAUGUUUCACAACUAGUAAGGCUAGCAAGGAGUCAGAUGUAUAUAGUUUCGGAAUUGUCGCUCUGGAAAUUGCUUGUGGAAGAAAACCAAUCAAGCCCAAUGCCCCUGAAGAUCAAGUUGUCAUGGUGGAAUGGGUUUGGGAGCUCUACAGAAUAGGAAAAGUACUUGAAGCAGCUGACCCAAGGUUGGGUGGAGAUUUUGAUGUGCAGCAAUUGGAGCGUUUGAUGAUUGUAGGGCUUUGGUGCGCUCACCCUGAUCGAAACCUUAGACCUUCAAUAAGGCAAACAAUUCAUGUUCUCAAUUUAGAGGCUCCAUUGCCUAUUCUUUCAUCAAAUAUGCCAAGGCCAGAAGAUUUUGCUCCAGCAAUGAAUAGACAUUCAAUGUCAUCACUUUCUAUGUCUAAUAUUGCUUCUGAUUAUGGGGGAAGAUAG